AUGCAUAUAUUGGAUGAUCUCCGAGAGCGAAACUUUGGACAUACCGUUCAGGAGCCGCUGCAGCAUCAGGAAUCAUCACAAUCUGUGGCUGCGCGCGUGCGAAGUUGCUUUGAAUGGCUUCUGGGACGGCCUGAGCCCGCCCUGGCAGUGGUGAGCCACAACUGGAUUCUUCGAGCCAUGAUGGACCCUUCCCACAAUCGUGCGUUGCAUUCGGCGCCGGUCUUUGAGCCAUUCGGUUUUUGCGAACUGCGAGCGUGGGCGCUUGACCAUUGUCAAGCAGGCACCUGCAAAGCUUUGCUUUUUUGA